AUGGGUCGUCUUCACUCCAACGGAAAGGGAAUUUCGGCUUCCGCCGUCCCCUACAGCCGCAGCGCUCCAUCGUGGCUCAAGACCACCCCCGACCAGGUCGUCGACCAGAUCUGCAAGCUGGCCAAGAAGGGUGCCACCCCCUCCCAGAUCGGUGUCAUCCUGCGUGACUCCCACGGAAUUGCCCAGGUCAAGGUCGUCACCGGUAACCGCAUUCUGCGCAUUCUCAAGUCCAGCGGCCUCGCCCCCGAUAUUCCUGAGGACCUGUACAUGUUGAUCAAGAAGGCCGUUGCCGUCCGCAAGCACCUCGAGCGCAACCGCAAGGACAAGGACUCCAAGUUCCGCCUUAUUCUGAUCGAGUCCCGUAUCCACCGUCUGGCCCGUUACUACAAGACCGUCGGUGUCCUGCCCCCUACCUGGCGCUACGAGGCUGCCACCGCUUCCACCCUCGUCGCCUAA